GAACCUGGAAGCGGCUGUUAUAACCUGUCGUUUUAUAAAUUAUAGUGCAAUAUAAGUGUUGACACGCGUGCCACAGCAAUCAUUGCGAAACAAAUUGCAACGGAAUUGGCAAAUCAAACGGAAGUGUAAACUUGCUGUCUCGAUUGGGAAAAUCGAGGAUUUCUUCAGUCAGCCGGAUUUGUAGAAGUUGCAUCGAGUGCAUGCUUAGUACUAGUUCUUACCUAUGUGUUAACGGGUAGUUUUACUGAUCAGCCGUUGUUGCGAGCUGCAAAUUCGAACAGAAACUACCAACAGUGGCAACAGAUGAGCCAAUUAUCCGAGGAAUCAGUAAUUGGUUAACAGGUGACCCAGACAGCAAUUUUGCCAUUUGCUGUGGCCGGUGGUUUUAUGGAAUUUGUUACCUCUUCGUCGGCAUUUUCGCCUUGAAGUGAUUGUGUUUUUAUACAUUGUUUUGGUUUGGCGUUUUGUGUUCCUCCUAUUUAUUAUUGGCGGUCUGCAGCGAAUGUAUGAGUGGUCGUGAGGAAGUGACUCAGCCGCAAUAGACUAGUUGAUACAGGCAAUUGCAAUAGAGAAAGAAUACACAUUCCUAGUUCGCAUCGUGGAGAGCAGCGGACAGCUACGGCGACAUAAUGAGAACACAAAUUAGUCCGGACGGAUCAUACGUCAAUGAGGCGAUGAACUGUUCGUCAGUGGAUAUAACGGUCCCCAAUGGGGAGCCGCAUGGUGGUUUGACAGGAUCCAAUGAAUUUAUAUUGUCACCGAGCGGGAAGAAAAUCUCCCCGGAAAGUCGCAUGGAGCUGGUAAACCGGUGGUGUCAACGCAAGGCCAAAAGCGCGUGUUCUAGGAAGAUGCUGUAUAAACGACUUCCCAUAUUGCGGUGGCUCCCCAACUACAAUUCGACAGACGCGGUUGGGGAUUUAGUUGCGGGAAUUACCGUUGGUCUAACCGUAAUUCCUCAAGCUCUCGCCUAUUCCGGUAUUGCCGGGCUUCCAGCAGCAUAUGGUUUGUAUGGUUCCUUUUUAGGCUGCAUCGUUUAUAUCCUUCUUGGCAGUUGCAAGGAUGUACCGAUGGGGCCAACAGCCAUAUCGGCAUUGCUUACAUAUCAAACGGCACGAGGCAACAUCGCUAAGUCGAUUGUCUUAUGCUUCUUAACUGGUAUCAUUGAGCUAGUCAUGGGAUUGUUCGGACUAGGGUUCCUGGUAGAUUUCGUUUCGGGACCAGUCUCUUCCGGUUUCACUUCGGCGGUAGCGCUGAUUAUUGUUACGUCACAGAUCAAAGACGUGCUCGGAAUUACUGCGAAGGGCAGCACUUUCCUAGAAAUAUGGCAGUCAAUUUUUAGUGAUAUUCACAACAUUAAAGCUUGGGACACAGUGCUGGGUAUAACUUGCAUCGCCGUGUUGUUAAUUAUGAGGAUUGUUGCUGGCCUUAAGGUGGGUCCUGAAGCUGAUGAGAUGAAAUCGAAGAAGCAUAAGAUCAUCAACAAGUUUAUGUGGUUGAUUGGAACCUCUCGCAACGCGAUCCUGGUAAUAGUUUGCGGCGCCAUCGGUUAUGUCUUCCAGUCAUCGGCUGCGACUCCGUUCAAACUGAUCGGAGAUAUACCACCGGGCAUGCCGUCUUUUGAAGUACCCCCAUUCUCACUGAAUGGUAAUCAAACGUCCAGUGGUAGAGAGGAAACCUUUUCAGAAGUAGUCUCAAGUCUGGGAUCUGGGCUUAUCGUGGUUCCCCUGAUCGCACUCAUGGAAAAUAUUGCUAUUUGUAAAGCAUUCUCAAAUGGUAAACCGGUAGAUGCUACCCAAGAAUUGAUUGCGAUUGGAGUCGCAAAUAUCGCCAACUCGUUCGUACAAGGAUUUCCAGGAACAGGAUCGCUAAGCCGAAGUGCCGUUAACAAUGCGUCUGGUGUUCGGACGCCUCUUGGCAACAUUUACACUGGUGCUCUAGUAGUGCUUUCGCUGCUGUUUUUUACGCCGUAUUUUUCCUACAUUCCAAAGGCCACCCUUGCUGCUAUCAUUAUUGCAGCCGUCGUAUUCAUGGUUGAAGUUAAGGUUGUUAAACCUAUGUGGCGAACUAAAAAGAGUGACUUAAUUCCUGGUUUGGGCACAUUCAUUGCAUGUCUGGCACUACCGUUGGAGAUUGGAAUUCUUCUUGGAGUAGGACUGAAUGUCGUUUUCAUUCUGUAUCAUGCAGCAAGACCAAAGAUAUCCGUUGAACGGCUUACGAGCCCGGCUGGAACCGAGUACCUGAUCAUCACUCCGGAUCGUUGCUUAAUCUUUCCAUCCGUCGAUUACGUUCGUAAUUUGGUGACGAAACAUUCGAUCCGACAAUCACUUCCGGUGGUGAUUGAUUGUUCCCAUGUGUAUGGUGCUGACUACACGGCGGCGACGGUUAUUGACAGCAUUACCCAAGAUUUUGCUAAACGUGACCAACCGCUGUUCUUUUACAAUCUGAAACCGAGUGUUUGUGCAAUAUUCGAGGGUCUGUCACCGGUGGAUUUCAUUGUUUAUUACCGAGAGGAAGAUCUGGAUCUGUUGAUGAAGGAGCGUGCCUAUAAACCGAAGCAAGUGCUUAGUGCAUAGAUGUAGGCUUUUUGGUCAUCUUAAUUCGGGUACUACCGGCAGUAUUAAAAAGUGAAUCCUUCAGAAGCUUCUUCGAAUUGGUAAAUCCAUUUUUGUAGAAGUAUGGUUAAUAGUGAGAACCGUUGUUAAAAGCGCAAGCACUAAUAGCAAGUCGUAGGGCCCAUCAUUCCUAACUAAUAUUUAAACAUAUUUAUACCACAAAAGCACGAACAUACUAAAAGUUUAAUUUUUAUUUAAGAAAGGUUUUAUCUUCGGUGUGGUAUCUUCUUUUAGUAAUAUCAGAACAGUUUCGAAAAAUGAGGAUUAUCAUUAUUACGCCAGUAUUGGUUUACCUUUGAUUGACCGCCUAGAUGUGACAAUGAGCUACACUUUUAUUACUAAAAAGCGUCUUACCAACUUUGAAAUAAGAGAAAAUCGUUUUCACUGGCGAACAUGCUAAGAAUCAAAAAUAUGAAUGAAUAAUAUUGUUUGAAAUGUGAAAUGCAGUUUAAUCAGCGCGUAACAUUACCGAAAUAGUACUUCAUCAAAGAGUGGAAUAUGCGCUCUAUUUUUACGGAGGCAGCACUAAUUGCGUAGAUAUGUGAGAAUAGUUACUGAAAUACUUUUUAUUUAUAAGCACCAAAGCACAUUGUGAAACGAGAGAAUACGCUAAAAAUAUUUAAAAUAUUUUAAUAAUUGUUAAAGUAGUAGGAGUAAUGCGUUUGAUGAAU